UCUCCGUCCACCGUCAUUUCUGUUUCGUGCUCGCUCGAGUUGCUCCCGCUCCCGUCCGUCCGUUUCCGUACGCAUUUCAGUGCGUGAGUGUGUGCGUGCGUACGUGUGUGUGUGUGUGUGUGUGUGUGUACGAGACUUGCGUCGUUCCGUUACCCGUGUCCUGUGUGCGAUCCGAGAGAAGCCAUUUUGUUCCGUGCACGAAAACACCUCUCGUCGUUUUGGGUUUUUUCAUCGCGCUUACAGCCCGUUUGCCGUCCCAACGAAUCGGUUUCUCUGUGUUCGUAGACGUCGUCGGUGUCGUGUGCACGUCGAACAACGCCAUGGCUUGUGCCACGCUGAAACGGUCGCUAGAUUUUGAACCCCCUAUGUGCAGACCGACCAAGAGACAAAGGUGUACGCCUAUGAGCAUAUCGCCUUCGAGCUCUCCCCCAAACAGCUCCAGGUCCGAAUACGUCUCGCCCCAUUUUGGUGGCGAUGUCGUACCAAAAAUCACUGCAGAAAUGUUGUCUGCUAGUUUAACUGAAGAAGUUCAAAGGAUGCGUCGCAAGCGUCAACUUAACAUGGAAUUAUCAGAAAACCGUAAUUUAGAUGACAGUUCUUCAGAUAGUUCAUCUGAGAAUACAUUUCCAUCAUCAGCCAAAGACAAACCGCUAUUCACUUUUCGUCAAGUAGGAAUGAUUUGUGAACGUAUGUUAAAUGAACGUGAAAGUCAAUUACGUGAAGAAUAUGAUAAGAUUUUAAACAUGAAAUUAUCUGAGCAGUAUGAAGCUUUUGUUAAGUUUUCCAAUGAUCAAUUGCACAGACGUUUUGAAGCAGCCGAGGAUCCAAGCUAUUUGUCUUAACUCUACAACAACUCCAAGCGAUGGUUUUGAAUUACAACAAAAUUUUAGACGCACUUAAUAGACAAAAUAAUUAUUCAGCCUUAAGUCAACAAUCGACUGACUAACAAUGUUUUUUAUGUAUUAUACAUUUUUGUAAACUCGAUAUUAUUAAAUUAAUUUAAAAUAUAUGAAUUUCAUGAUAAUAGUAAAAGAGUAAUAAUUAAUUUAAGUAAUCAUUAAGCUAAGAUUGUUUUGUUUGUUUUAUUCAUUUUUAUAUUGCGUAACUAAAAAUGUUGGAUAUUGGCUCAAAAUCAUAUUAAAAUUUAAAACUGGCUUAAGAUAUUUCCUUAUUUUAUUUAAAUAAAAAAUAUUUAUGUAUGUAUACAAUUUUGUGAGAUAUUUUCAGUUAAACUUUUUUCACUAUAAAAAUUAAAAAUUGUAAAUGAUUUAUUUAUGUGAACAAAUAUUUUUUUCUCAAACUCAGUUAAAAUUUCUUUUAGUGGCUUAACACUACUUAUUAUUAGAGCUUGCCAUUCUGAUUUGUACGACUGAAUUUGAUGACUUUAUAUAUAUAUAUAUAUUUCAAUGGUCCCCAAAUUUUAUAAGAAUAAAAACGUUGGUUACGCCACUUCCAAAGUACUAAUGUUUAAGUUAUUUUAAAGCGAGUUGUUUGAGCAAGAUUAAAGAAACAGAGUUCACUUUACACUGUAGCUUGUUCAUUCAAAUGGAUCUCGCACUUAAUUCUUACAAUAUGAUAAUAAUUAUUAAAUAUAUACAUAUAUUAUAAGUAAAGGUA